AUGUCGCAAGAUUCACCCCAUGAAGACAACUUGUCUCUACAGGGCUCUCCCCCUGGGCCCAGUACACUUAUUAGACCGAUCUCACCAGCCGUAUCUCUCGUUACCACUACACCUGGGUCUCUGAGGUCUUGGACCAUCCCUAAAUUGGUGGCAGAACUAUUAACGGUCCAUUCAAACGAUCACAGGCCCAGCACAAGUUCUCCGGAUCCUAAUGUCAGCCGUUCGGGACAAUUUCAAGACACUUUGUCAUCCAUAUUGUCCAACCUUCAGUCACUUAAAGAGAGGAUGACCAAGAUAGAAACCAUAAUACCUACA